AUGUUAUGGGAGGGGGUCUGAAGGAUGUGGUGAGGGAGAUGGGAGAGGUGAAGAUUAAUGAAAUUUAUACUUGCUUUUUCACGACGGAGAAUGGGUUCAUGGGACUUGGACCUGAGGGGCUAGAAGAGAGGGAUCUGGUGGUUGUUUUGAGGGGGUGUGGUUUCCCUGUUGUCUUGAGGAGGGAAGGGAGGUCUUCUUUCCGCAUUAUUGGGGCGUGUUAUUUGGCGGGAUUUAUGUUUGGGGAGUUUUGGAGUAAGGGGUGGGGGGAGAGAGUGAGGGAGGAGACUUUUGAGAUUUGUUAGGUCUGCUCUGGCUUCUGAGAUACCCAGAUAGGAGGUGGUGUUUUGGGUUUGGCAGUGGAGUUGAUGAAUGGAACGGCCUGGAUGAUUUUAGAUUGAUGAUAAUGAGUUUAUGACGAAAUGAAUAUUCGAGAUAGUAUGUUAUAACUUAUAUACGCCUU